UGCGUGAGCCAUGGUCGGCUCAGGGUAGGGAAUCAGACGUUGGGAUGCGAGGAGUGGAGAUGAUGAUUUGUGCCGGCGAUGGUUUGUGAGGUUUGUGAGGUGGAGGAGGAGUUUUAUGAGGAGAUAGAUGGUGAGAGGGCGGUUUUAUUUGUGAGGUGGGUCGUCGCAGGUGGUGGUGGUAGAAGUGGGACGUAAUGGACCAGGUAGCGGUGCCGCCGUUUUUCCUAUGUCCGAUAUCGCUGGAGUUGAUGCGAGAUCCUGUGACGUUAAGCACGGGAAUGACAUAUGAUCGUGCGGGCAUCGAGAAGUGGCUGGGUUUGGGGCACAAUACGUGCCCCACCACGAACCAAAUCCUCGAUAGCCAGGAGAUGAUUCCCAAUCACACCCUCCGCCGGCUGCUUCACAACUGGUGCGCCGAGAACGAAGUUCACGACGUGGGGAGAAUCCCCACGUUGAAGGAGUUGGACACCGACAUGGUGACGCAGUUACUGCAGAGUAUCGCUCAAUGUCGGGAGAUGGAGUGGUUGGAUUCGUUGAGGAAGCUGCGGAUGUUAGCGAAAGAGUGUGAGCGCAACAGGAAGCGCAUUGCCGAGGCCGGGGGAGUUGGUACCCUGGCUGCAGCCAUGGGGAGGGGAGAGAUGGAUAUGUCUGUGGAGGCGUGCGAGGACGCUGUGGCCAUAAUUGUGCACUUGCAGCUCGGCGAUGGCGACAAGAGGGCUUUGUCCGAGCCGAAGAUGCUGUCGCAUUUGGGGUUUGUUCUCGCAUCGGGUAGCUUGGAGGGGAAGGUGAACGCGGCGGACAUAAUUCAUGCUCUUUGCAAGGAGAAUCCGCGCGUGAAAGCAGCUGUGGGAGAUCUCCCAGGGGCUAUCAGAGCAAUCGUGAAUCUCCUCCGUGAGGAUCUUUACCCUAGAGCAGUGCAAUCAGGUCUACGCUGCUUACAAUCCAUGUGCCUGUCGCGCCGGAAUCGUGUCACUGCCAUCAAUUGCCGCACAAUCACCACGCUUGUUGCACUGCUUCCCAACACGGACAAGCGAAACAAGGAGCGAGUGUUCGCGCUUCUGGAGAUUCUCGCGAACUGCGCCGAGGGGCGGGAAGCGAUCUCCAAUCACGCGCUGGCCAUCCCCGUGAUGGUGAAAUCAAUGCUGGGUGUGUCCCACCGCGCCACGGAGUACGCCGUGGCCGCACUGUGGCUGGUCCUCUCUUACGCCUCCAACCGCAAUGUCAUCAACACGGCGCUGCAAGCGGGUGCUUUCACGAACUUGCUCAUGUUACUGUCGAGUCAGUGCAGCCAACUGGCGAAGAAAAGAGCGCAGGAUAGCGUCAAGCUCUUAAAUGAGGUGGUCUUGGAUACCUACACAUGCAGGCAUGUCGACUCUCCAGGGAUAACUCAUCACAGAAACACACUUUCCACCACCGAGCCAGUGUAGUGUUGUGUAGGAGCGAUUAAACUAAUUUUGGUUCGAAAUGCCAGUGUCGACAAAAAAAAAAUCUCGAAGAAGAAUAAAUUUAACCGCAGCGACGUCGGACGCCGACGUGUCCUAUUUUUUAUUUUUUAUUUUAGGGUAUUGCAAUUACAAGGUCCUUGACAAAAAAUUGUGCAACACAUGCAGGAGGAAAGAAAUGUAGUUUUUGAUGUAUUAUAAGCACGAGGUUGGACAUUACCAAUCACUAUUUGCAAUGUCUGUCAAACAAUCUCGAAGCUCAAA